AUGGAUAAGUUAAACUACAGCAAAUGUCCCCUGAAGAAACGACCCAUCAUGAUGAUGGGCAAGGAUUAUUUAUUGGAUAACACAGAUGCGGCUCUAGAUCAGGAUGAAGGUCCCGUGGACUUAAGCAAAAACUCAUGCGCCACACCCUUGCUGAGUCCCAAAUACGAACAUGAAGACAUGCUCACCUUAUCUCCCUUGGAAUUGCAAACCAAAUUUCAUACACAGACCAAGGAAGAUUUGGCUCGUCGCAUUUGGGAAGAGACUCGAGAAAUUGCCCGCGCCUUCCCUGAUGUCUUCACCAAAGAAGAAAUCGCCCGCAGCUUGGCUCGUUUGGGUUAUGGCGAAUUUCCUUUUCCCCAGAAUGCUGCCAACGAGGAUAUUGAUAACAUCAGCAAUCCCUCGCCUCCACUGCCCAAGGCUGAAAAUUUCUAUGGAGCCACUGUGAAAACCGAGCCCAUGGACAAUGUUUACAGUGUGGAAAAUAGUCCACUUAAUGGCAUGAGAAAUUUCAACAAUAAUCUUAUGAAAUCCAUAGCCGAAUAUGAGGAUUGUCUAAAACCACAGAACUUUUCACGUGAAACUUCACCCAAGCCACUGCAAGAUAGUGAGCCUUAUAGUAGAAUUCCCAAGGAUAGCUAUGAGCCAGAAGAUUUAUCCUAUAGGCCUGCAGCAGCAAAGAAGAUAUUGGGAGAGAAUGUCAAUCUGCAUAAUGUGGCCAGGGCAUUAUUGGGCUUGCAGAACUUCAGACCUGAGGAGAAUUUAUCAACUUUACCAAACAACAACAACAAUAAUGAGCUGGGCAAGCCUUUGAACAACAACACCAAUAACAACAAUAUAAAUAUGCCCUUGAAAUUGAAAACCUCAAAUGAUUUGUAUUAUCAAUGCCAGCAAUGCAACAAAUGCUAUGCCACCUAUGCUGGCCUGGUGAAACAUCAGCAGACUCAUGCCUUUGAAAGCACGGAAUACAAGAUUAUACGCAGCAAUCCCGAGGGAGGAGCCACCACACAUGAUUCCACAGAAUUCACCACCGAUCAGGCGGCAGCUCUUAUACAAGCUUCAGCCUUGGCUUCCUCGCAGUCCAUGCAAAAACCUGUGGGGGUGCCACGUUAUCACUGCAAUGAUUGUGGCAAAUCCUAUUCAACUUUCUCUGGCCUAAACAAACAUCAACAAUUCCAUUGCCCUGCGGCGGAGGGAAAUCAAGUGAAAAAGGUAUUCAAUUGCAAAAAUUGCGACAAAACCUAUGUCAGCUUGGGCGCGCUUAAAAUGCACAUUCGCACUCAUACCCUACCCUGCAAAUGUCCCAUUUGUGGCAAAGCCUUCUCAAGACCCUGGCUGUUGCAAGGUCACAUACGCACCCAUACCGGCGAGAAACCUUUCAGCUGCCAGCAUUGCAAUCGAGCUUUUGCCGAUCGCUCAAAUCUCAGGGCACACAUGCAAACCCACUCGGAUGUUAAGAAAUACUCCUGUCCUUCGUGUACCAAAUCAUUUUCACGCAUGUCUUUGCUGGGGAAACAUUUGCAAAAUGGUUGUCAAUCCUCGCCGCCUCAUAGUGGUGGAGAAUCUGUAUCUCCGACUCCUGUGGAUUCGCUAAAGGCCACCAGUGGUUUGAAUCAUCAACAACUGCAGCAACAUUUGCAGGGUUUGCAAAAUAAUUUCAUCAGCCGAGGUAAUUCACCGGUUUAUGAUGAAAAUCUACACCCCACCAACCCACAGCAGCAGCAGCAGCAACACCAACAGCAGAGAAUAUACUAUGCCGGCAGUGUGGAUAGCAGUGAAAAUGAUACUGAAGAGGAAUAUCAAAUGCAACAGAAUGUGCAUCCUCUGAUACAUCAGAUGAGUGAUUAUUAG